GUCAGUGCGCAUGUCAAGUUGAAAAUUGCAAAUGGCGCCCGUUGUUAUUGUUCGUACCGAAUUAACUAUUUGUAAAUUAUAUACCAAUCUUUUUAGCGAUUUUUCUACUGAACUGUUAUAUUGAUGUGAUGCUUUAACUUCUUAUUAUUCGGCACGACGCGUUUUGUGUACGGUUUUAAGUGUUUUGAGUGUUUUUUUCGUAUUUUAUGUGUGUCAUGCAAAUGGGGUAAGCUGGAAUUAUCGGAUGUCGUUUAGGUUGUUUUGGAUAGUUUCAAUAAGAAAAUGGUGUGAAGUUUUGUGUCCUAAACUGUGGAAAUGAAUACUGUAUAGAAUUUUUAAAUUAUUAUGCUACCUUUAAACUGUAGAGAUAGACAAGAGCGGCUAUAAUUUGCUAAUGUUCCAUGCCGUGACUGUACUCCCCGUACAUUUCAAAAUGGCUGCUGCUCUUCACGAUAUAUGAGCUUUGCGUCACUGGAACAUAAAUCAGUGAAAUGGAUUCGUGAUGAGAUUCUAGUGUUUCUAGUCGUGUGAUCCUGUGUGAAAAAGCGAAAAUAAGCUUUGGACAGAGCCCCAGUCAUAUUUGGGGCGGGACAAUUGUGUUGUAUCAUAUGUUUUUGGAGUAGUGGACACUGACCAUAGGACCGAUAUUGCCUUGCGUCCGAGCUGGAUUGUAAUGUUGCGAUUGAAUUUCCAGGAUGAAUCGCAACACAUAAGGCUAAAAAAUUUGUGGAAUUGAGCGGAAUGUGACAUUGUAUGAGAGCAUGGCAGCGGACAGCGAUGGGCUAGGCUCGGCGGGCGGCGGGUCGUGCGGCGUGGUGGUGACGUGCGAGGGCGACCUGCGCGACCCCCGGUUUCCAGCGCGCCUGCGCCGCCUGCUGCGCGAGCUUCGCGCGCUGCUCGCCGAGCCACAUCCGCACACACUUAAAGUUAACAAGGUGGAGCCGUGGAACUCGGUGCGCGUGACGCUGUCGGUGCCGCGGGCGGCGGCGGCGCGGCUGCGGGCGCUGGCGGCGGCCGGCGCGCCGCAGCUGCGCGCGCUCGGCAUCCUGUCGGUGCAGCUGGACGGUGACGCGGCCGUCUCGCUGCGGCUGCAGCACGGCGCCGAGCUCAGGAUCAACACCGACGCCGACGAUGCGAGCACGUCCCGCGCCCAGCCGAAUCCGGAGCUACUGGCCGGGCUCGGAGGCAUCGGGCGGCUGCUGGACGACGGCGCGUCUACCAGCGCGGAGCCGCCGCCGCCACCGCGCGACAACUUCAAGUCGCCUAACACCGUUUGCCCCAUGGAUGGCAAGAUACCGCACAACAUCCCCACGCCGACCACCGACCGCUGCGAGUUCCCGUUCGGCAGCAUGACGCAAGCGAGGGUUAUACACCGCAAGGAGAAUACGCUAGGUUUGAGCGGUCCGUCGAGUGGUAUUAGGCCGCCUGCAGACGGGCUAUUCGUCCGUCCGUCGACAUCCGCGUUCGCGGGCCCUCCUCCUCCGUACCCCGCGCAGCCGCCUCCCUCGCCUGCGCCCCCCGCCCCGCCCUCGUCGGCCUCCUCUCCCGUACCGCCGGCGCCGUCCACGCCACACACGGUCGCCAUGUCGUCCCCUCUGCUCGUUAAUUUGCUGCAGAACGAUGCGCCGGCGCCUCAACCCAGGGCGAAACCGCCGCCGCAUCCGGCUAAGUUGGAUCGUCUCGAUGAUGGACAGGUGGAAUUAGCGGUAGGUCGGGCACCGUUCGAGUACCGUGCUGUAAGACCGCCGAGCCGUCUCCCCCCACCGCCAUCUCCCGCGCCUUCCCCCGUCCCGCCCUCCGUGGGCCCCUCCCUGCCUCCACCGCCUCCCCGCGCGCCUCCUCCGACGCGCCCUGCACCUUUCGUCCGCCGGGCGUACCCUCCCCGUCCGCCGGUUUCCACCCCUGUACCAGCUACAUCUCCCGUAGCUACAUAUCGAGCGCCGAAUACGACCGUAAUGAAUCGGGCGAGGUUUCCGCCGCCAGGAUUUGCGGGCGAGCCGCCCCCGUACAGACAGGCGGCGACCCGUCCGCGGGUAGGUGGCCCCGCCCCGCCGCACCCGUCGCACCCCCCACACCCGUCGCACAUUGCACAUCCCCCGCAUAACGCUCCAGCGGCAUCACAGGCGAGAUUCACUCCUGAAGAUUUGAAGGUUCUCCUACCACCUUCAACCACAUCUAUGGAUCAGAAAACUCGUUCGAGGUUUCAAGAGUUCCAGCGUUUUCAACAGCAGUAUAUUGCGACGCAGCGGGCGGCGUCGCAACCGGACUGGAACGAGCCGUACCGGGAUACACUCGAUCUUCCGGACUUGCCUGAUAAUUGUGAUUUAGAUCAGCUAUUACCAACCCUCGGAGGGGACCUGCAUCUCGAUGACACCGCCAUCUCGGAACUAUCAGCCAUCUCCGAACUCUCCAAUGCAGAUAACAAUAAACUGGACAACAUUUACGAUUCGCAGAAACCGGAACAGAUACCUACAACAUCAGAACAACACACCCCGGACUCUUUAUUGCAGGAAAUCACGGGGGUCCAGUAUAGCAGUCCGAAUUUAAAUGGUCCAUACCCAGAGACCAGUAACCCGACCACUAGUGGUCACACGAAUGUGAGCGAUGUGCCUUCAAAGGACUCUUUCGCGGCUGCCAGCGAGUCCAACUUCAUGCCUCCUCCUCCAGUUCCACAGCAGUCGACGUCCAAAGCAUUUGCGACAAACACUUCUCCCAACCAUGUGUUGAGUCACGCACACCAACCGUACAAAUCGACGGUUAAUGCUUACACGAUGUCGCCCAGUAUAAAUUCCGACAGAAUGUCGCACUUGAGUCAAUCUUCAUCCAUGCCUCCUCCUAUGAGGUUACCAGUGAGAGCGACUACUUCAGUUUCAACGGCGACAGUCGGCUCUCAAGCCACCGCGCAGGAAAUCGAGGAGCAAAGCAAACAGUACCUGAUCAAGACGUUGAUGAGGGACGAUGAUACACCACCGCCUAAAGAGCAGAAAAAGAUCGAGGAGGUCACAGUCGCGCAGUGCAAAUUGAAAGAGAACUCCACUGAGACGCCAGAAGUCUUUGGGAUAGCGAAAUCGACCAUAUCUGAGGAUGAUGCUAAAAGUUCUGAAGAUGAUUCAAAAUUGAAAAAUAAAAUCAUCAAGAAAGAGAAAGACGAUAAGUUUGCGCCGAAAAGCGGGAAUCUUAAAAUGCCGGGAGCAAAAGAGAAACCUGCUACGUUGAAAGAUAAAAUAGUUAAAGAUGGGAAGACCAAAGUUGCCUUACCGCGACCGGCGAUCGCUAAACCUGCUACGCCUGGCAGUGAAGCGCCGAAGUCGCCGCCCGGGGAAAAAGAAUCGAUAAAGUUGAGGUUAAAAUUGGAUAAAAACGAGCCUGUGUACAAAGCUGAUAUAAGCUUUGUCAAUCAGCAAUCUAAAGGUGAGAAGCCAAAAGAGAGCGUGCCUAGAGUUCCGCCACUACAUAUACGCCUCAAAGGUCAUUCAGCAGUGAUAAAGAAUUCAAAGAAGGAGAAGAAGAAGUUUAGCCAAGGCGAAUUGCACACAAAAAAGAUUAAAAUCAGAAAAACCCUAGAAGGCGAGGAGAAAGUACAUCGGAGAGAUUCUGAAGAGUCAUUAGCAUCAAAGUCAGGUGACAGCACUGAGAACAAGACUGAUGAGUAUUUAGUCAAGAGUAUAAAGCUGAACAACCACUAUAACGAGGGCGAAACGGGGAAGACAGAGAUAACGGGUGAUAACAAUGUCGUGUAUAGAAUGAAGUCGAUAUCGAAGACGGCGCAUAUCGUCUCCAAAUCGCACGACUACAAGCUGAACAAUAAGGUUCCUUUAGACAGUUUAAAGAAGAAAAAGUCAAAGUUACUGACUGAUGGGAAAUCUCUAGAGAAAGAACGCGACAAGGAAUGGAGGAACGAUAUGUUGGAAAAAGAGGGAAAAUAUGCCCAAAACGAGGGGUACAGAGAGCCCAACAAUCAUGAAAUUAAGAAGAAGUUACCAGCGAAAGUAGAUAAUGGUGCAAAUUGUGAUAUCAAGCCCAGUGAAAGUGGGAAAGCAGUGCAAUUAGACACAAAUAGUGACAAUGUGAAAGGUGCUAGUGAAUUGGAAAGCAGACUGCUGAAGUGCUUUGAAAGAACCAUGAACGAGGAGGACUGUAAGUUAGAACGGCGCGAAACAGACAAUAAAUUAAAACGAACACUCGCCGAAAGUGCAAUUACCUCACCCAAUGGACUGCUCACUUCUGAGAAGAAGAGGAAGACCAGCCAUAGUUCCUGUGCAGAUCCUCCUGGAUCGACCAACGUAGGCACGAUAGCGACGAGCCGCGUGGACUCGCCGCCGCCUGCCGUCUCGCAGCGCUCCGGGGCUGCGUCCCCGCGGCGCAAGGAGCGGCCCAAGGACAAGUCCUACUGCAAGCUGAUGGCCGAGCGCGCCGCGCGCCCUGACGACAAGUUCGGCAAUCGCUCGCCUAACUCGCAGGCGCAGGGCGAGGACUCCGGCAUCGAGUCUAUGGACGCGCUGUCGGAGAAGUCGCCCAACCAGGCCAGCCAGUCACCGCCGGGCCCGCAGAGAAAGGAACGACUAGAUAUGCCUCGAUCGACUAGUCCCACGUCAGUCCAGAGGAUAAUAGGUGUGAUCGACCCCCCGCCGCCGUCUGACGAGCUGUUGGAGCGGCUGUCGCUGGCGACGGGGCAACCACACUACGAUCCCGGUCCGCCGGACAUCGACGACCUCGGGGACAUCGAGGCCGCACUCGCCAAGAUGCACGCCGACCACAUCAACGGGGAUGACGCGCCGCGCCGUCCCCCGGACGACUCGCACACCAAAGAGGGCACCAGGGAACCGACGCCCAUUCUUAGGGAUGACGAGAAACAGGGUCAGGCCGUCGACGGGAGCGAGGGCGGCGCACCCGCAAAGAGAAACGACUCCGAGACCGACGUCGCCCUGGCGGACCGGAAGGACUCCGCAUCUCCAAAGAAAGAGGACUUUGACCCGCUACCGAGCAGGGUGUCGCCACCACUCUACACGUAUUCAAAUCAGGAGAAGGUCUGCGCCGACGCGCCCGAUGUCAAGGACGAGAAGCCGCCGAUCGCUGCUGCGAACGGCGAGACCGACGAGCGCCGCGUUACCGACGAGAAGCCCGAGCCGAAGAUCAAGCGGCUCCCGCUCAAGGCCGACUUUCCUGACAAGAGCCUACUCGAGCAGCUGCUGAUCGAGAUCCCGCCGCAGGAGUACGCGGGGCGGCGGCCCGAGUCGCCGUCGCCGUCGGCACUGGAGCGCGUCGCGCGCAGCAGCGUGCGCACGCGCUCCAGCAGCAAGAUGAACAGCCCCGCCGACGGCCCGCGCACGCCGCGGCUCAGCCCCGGCCUGGCCAAGCUCGAGCGCGCCGACUCGCCCGCGCUGCAGCGCAACUGCCUGCGCGGCGGCUCCGUCGACAAGACCAGCCCGCGGGCCGCCGCCGCGCCCGCGCCCGCGCCUCAGUCCACAUCUGCGUCCGCGCCCGCCGCGCCCGCCCCGAAGCUCGUGCCGAAGCGGAAGCGGCGCGAGUCGGAGGGCUUCGGCGGCGAGGAGGGGCUCGCGGGGGCCGGCAAGCAGCGCAAAAAACCGCGGCGCGUCGACGGGCAGCGGCCGCCCACCGCGCCCGGCGCCGCCGGCAAGCAAAAGAAGGACUCGGACAGCGACAGCGACGAGCCGCUCAUCUGCAAGGUGCGUGGCAAGGGCGGCAAAGGGGCGCGGCCUGCGAAGCUGCCCGCCAAGGGGCCCGAGGGCGUGGGCACGCGCCGCUCGGUGCGCCACGGGCCGGCGCCGGGCGCGCCGCCCGCCGCGCCGGCGCCCUGCCCCGCGCCCGCCGCCGCCGCGCCGCCCGCGCAGCCCGCGCCGCCUGCGCCGCCCACUAACACGCCCGUCAGACGGAAAACGAGGAGUGCCGUCGGCGAAGGCACCCCGGCCCCUAGCGCGGUCCGGCGGAGACGCACGUCCCGCGACGGCAAGUGACGGCGGCGGCGCGCGGAGCUGAGCCCCGCGCCCGCGCUGCCGCUGCCGCUGCUGCUGCUCGACUGACCCGCGCACCCGGCCCCCGGGCCCCCGCCCCCGCCCCCGCCCCUGCCGCCGCCGCCGCCCCCGCCCCCGCCACCGCCGGCCACGCUCGCGCUCCUCCGGUGGCUGUACGAAGACACGUCCUUCACUUGAAACAGACAUUAACGUGGACAUAGAUGGCGCAAGUAUCGCAAUCUAUAUGAAAGUAAGGCCUCGCUCACACCGCACUAUUACUUUUUUUUUUACAUGAUAUAUUUUACUGAGUAGUGAUAAUGCAGUAAAGAAAUGUUACUUGUUGUUUACUUUAUCACAUAUACAGUUAAAUAUGUAUAUAGAAUGCUCACUGAAUUUGUCAAACAAACCAAAUGAGCUCUUAAUAUGUUUGGUCUAUGCACUUUAAAACGACUACAGUAUGCUACUUGUUUUUAUAUUAUUAAAAUUUAUAGCUGAAUUUAAUGUGUAAAAAAUGUGUAGUACUGCCGUGUGAACUUAGCCUAAAAGUUAAUAUGUACUGUGAUUUGUUUCCGCAUUUCUAUAAAAUAUGGAAACUAAAAGAGAACUACGUAGAAAUGUAUAAUUCAGUAAAUUAGAAGGUGCGUGAUGAAUACUCACAGUGUGUAUACAAAAAGCGUGCCAUAUUUUGUCUACUUUCUGUCUUGUAUAGAAGCUCUUGAUAAAAAAUUCUUCUAUGCCAAGUUGUUUCAAAAAUGUCGCUUGUAAUACUUUUUGUUAAAAUGUGUUUUUUUUUUACAUGCUCAUGCAGUAAACUCCGAAUGAAAUUUAGUCCCAUUAAGUUCUGUUAAAAACUUAAAUAAAAAAUCUGGCACGUAUACACUUGCGCGAUAUCUAAUAACAUCCAUGUCCGUGGUAGAAAGAGUAAAAAGAAUGGGAAGCGAACGCGGCGACCGAUGUAACGGGUGGCACUCUUUAUACACGCGUUCCCCUGUUAUCUUUUUGACUUCUUAGUUAAUUUAUUUAAUUUCCACUUUUUUAUAUCACUGUUAAUGUAUAUCUAUUAAUUUUUUUUUAUAAAUUUUGACUAAUUAUGAAAUCUUGAAUCAUGUUUUAAGUAGACCCGAAAUAAAUAUUUAAUACAGUGGUACCUCGACAUAUGAGUUUAUUUCGUUCCGUAACCUUGUUCGUAUCUCUAAGUAAUUUUUCCCAUUGAAUUUAUUUAAAAUGCCAUUAAUUCGUACUCCCAUAAAACCACCUCGGUUGUUUUUGUUAAGUGUUUUUUAGUCUGAGGUGGGAGAAACUGUUAGACACCAACUUCGACCCCGCAUGUUGAGGUCGUGUGCAGCGGUGUAAUGUAGGAUUUCUCGUAUCUCAAAACACUCGUAUAUUAGGGCACUCGUGUAUUGAGGUACCAUUGUAAUUGUUUAAAAUGACAAUCGUGAUUUAAUACUACAUUUAAUCGAUCGACUGCACGCUUUCUAGCAAUAUAAUCGAUUAUUUUAUGAAUCUCAUAAAAUUUAGAGAACGUGCGAUCAUCUGUGGUUUACAUGUUCGUACCAUUCGUUCGAAAUUUGUUGCCAUUUUAUUGUAGUAGCAUAUGGUAGAUUUUUUCUCUUUUUUAGUAGAAGUUAUAAAUCAACUAAGCUAACGUGUUCACGGAGUUUCGGUAUUUUUAUAUUAUUUUUAAAUUAAAAAAAAAUAUCCUCAAGAAGCCAUAAUAGUCAUUUUUAUAUUAUUUCGGGCUCUACGAGUGUAUCGCAAUCAAUUUAACCUUUUUUUAAUAUUGCACCUUAACGAAACGCCAAGUACAAAUCAAGUCAUCGGCCGUUUGCGUUGUUUAUGUAAAUACAUUGUGUUCAAUGAACAUUAUGUAUGAUGCUCACAUAUUGCUAGGAAGUUGCAUACCGUUCUCAUUGUUAAACUCUAGCAAGACUAACUUAAUAUUUUUUAACAGUUAGUUUUACUAGAUUCUAUUUUUAAACCGUGAAAUAGAAUGCGACUUCGUAUACUUUCAUAUAAAAUGCGACGUUAUUUUUACGACUUUUUUAUAUUAUUUAGUGAACAAAUCAUGUUACCAUUCACUAUACUACGCACGCAAUUUAUAAAUAAGUUUAUUUCAUUCGAGUAAUUUUAAGGCAUAAUGUCAGUGUAUCAUUGCCGGGUCGUAACUGUGAAUGUUACGCCGCGGACGCCUUAGUUUAUUAGCGAAUAGAGUUGUAAUUAUUGUACAAAAGAGCACUCGACUUAUAGGCACAUCGUUAAUAGAGUAAUACCCGAGAGAUAUAAAUGUGAAAUAAAUGCAUAAAGUUUUAAAAAGAUAUUUUCAUACGUUUUUGCACGUCGUGACGUCGGUUUGGGACGUCAACGCCGCGUAGUUUUAUAGGUUUUGGCGGGAGGGCGCCAUGUUGUUAUUAUCAAGUAUUUUUUUUUAUUUAUGUGACUAGGUAGUUGCAUUCUAUGUGACAAGAUUAAGUUAAUUAACUACAAAAACAUUUAAGUAUUAUCUAAUAAAAUGUUAUCCUAAUAAAAAAUAUAAUAAAUAUUCAGCGCAAAAUUUCUAAUUCCAUUUUCAAAAUAUUUGAAACAUAAUUUAAAUAACCAUGGCGUCAUUCCAUCAAAACACUGGCUGCUAUAACGAUAACUUUAGCAUAUUUAAAUAAGAUAAUUCACGACCAAUAAUUAUAAUUAAUAUGUGAAACUGACGGAUAAUUUCAUAGUAAAAAAAGAUAAUAAUUGUGACUGAGUGUUUCAACAGUUUGUCUGUUUGGGCUUCCAGUAUACUAAUCUAUUUUAUUUUGAUGCCUCUUGUACUUUCCAACUUGUUUUUUCCUCGGUCUUUGACACAGAUACCCGUCUAUGUAUUAAAAAAAAAAAGAAACGAUCCUACCAGUGAAAUUAUUAGGCAUUUUUAAUGAUUAGCUUUUUAUUUGCAUUGUAAAUAAAAGAAAUGUAUUUUAAAACUAUUAGUUUCUUAAUUAGAUGCUAGUAGAUAUUUAUUGAUCACAAUUUUUUUAAUUCAGUCACUUAGUGAAGCAUAGAUUUGUAAAGUUAUGCCAUGUUCAUCAUUUUAUGUACUAACAGUACGAUGCGUAAAAGAAAAUGGUUGUUACGUCAAAAUUGAAUCUUGCUGCUUUUUAUUUGUUUUAAUAUAAAAUUGUAAUAAGUAAUAAGCUUGAAAUGAAAUUGACAUUGCAAUACGAUCACAGAAUUGAUGCCAGUAAAUUCUCUUUGAGAUACAGUUUCUUGGCUCGGUAAGUGGGAUGGGGAUAGUUCGUUUAUAUUUAGCAUCCCUUUCUAUAAGCUACGUCCUCUUUCUAUAUGGAAGAUACGCAAAAGGUGCAAUUCCAAAAUUUAUUGGCCUCAAUUUUCUCCAUAAUGAUGAACAUGUUCGCUUCUUACAUUUGUGAUUUCUAAUUUUAACUGGAUGAAUACGCAAAGCAAUAAUUCGUGGAUGUGACUUAGUUUACAGCAUGUUUUUGACAGAUUUAUCUACAGUUUAACUGGCGAAUGUAUUUGCAGUAUUUAUUAGGCGCUCUGUCAAUUUGUGAGCAGUUUUUGUUUUUUUUUUUAUUUUAUUGCCUGGGACGGUAUUAGUCAGAGGCAUUCUCGUAUUGACCUGAUAGUGACUUUAUUUUUCUACCGUAAACCCCCCUCCCCCUUUCUACUUUUUGACGUUUAAAAGUUCUAUUGUAGUUGGAGCAGUGAUAGUGCUACAAUACAAACUGUUAGUGUGUACGUAGUAUGUAUAGUGUAUUGGAAUAUAAUAUGAAUUAAGAAAUAUAAUUGCCUGAUAAAAUUGUGCCCUAUAACGUGUGCCGUGGACAGAGGUGUGUGCAUUACUGUAGCUUAGAGGAGCCGUUGUCAGUGGGCGUUGGGCAGCCGGCGAUAUCGCGUGUACCCUUUGUUUUAUCUUUAUAAAUUUAUUAGUUUACCGUUCGGCUGAUGUACAAUCUCUUGUAAAUUUUUAUGUAUAGAUGGGGAAAUUAAUAUAUGUUACGCGUAAGUGAUUGUUUUUUUUUUUUUAUAUAUUUGAAACCGAUUUUUUGGGAGUAGUUGUAAAUAGGUACGCGCCGGCCUCGGCCGCUCGCACGACCGUACCGUAUCGUAGGAAUGCAAAGCCUUAUACUGUAAUAUAGAUGUACGUGCGAUACGCAAGCUUGUACCAUAUAAUUCUAGUGGAUGAACUCUCAGAUAGAUGUGUAUAUGGGUGUAUAGUAAUCCUUCUAGUUUCUUGUUUUUGUUUAUUAUUAUUAUUAUUAUUUUCGACUAAUUGAUAGUAAUUUAUGCUGAUAAAAUAUCUAUAUUAUACAUUUAUGUAUGUACUAUGAAAGAGAAACUACAAAUAGAUUUUAACACUAUAAAUAUAGCAUAGGUGUUACACCACACACGAGAUAGCUUAUAGUUUUGGUAUGUAAACAUUAUAUGACUUGUAAAUACAUUGCAGAAAAUAGUUAUUAAAAGAAUUGAUACAAUAAAAUUUAAUUUUACGUUAUUGUAAUAUUUUUUUCUAGUUCGUGUUGUUAAUAGGACGCCCACGUGUCCGAUACAAUAUAGGAGAAUCAAACAUAAUGAAAUGCCUGUAAUUCUUUUUUUUGUUGCUGGCAAUUUUAUGACGUUUUUCAAACUAUUCAAUUUUUAUUGUGCAUUACUUUCUGUAAGUUGCUUUCACUGUCGUUCUAGAUUAUGUUUAAAAUCAUAUAAUUAUAUUCGUAAAGUACGAUGAGUCAUGGUGAAUUAUGAUCAUAUUAUUAUGAAUGAAAAGAAAUACGGAAUAUUAUUGUUCUGCUAUUAUUAAAUUUGUAAAGUUAGUUUAUUAAUAAAUGAAUAAAAAAUA